UAUUAUAGAUUACUCCGCUUUCCACUACUAUAAAUAUUGCAUAGUACACAUAACCAAAACAUCAAUCUCCAAUCAAACCAAACUGGUAUCAGUAUUACAAUGGUGAUGGGUGCCUUGUCCUUGGAUGAGAUCAGAAAGGCACAAAGAGGUGAUGGACCAGCAAGCAUCUUGGCCAUAGGCACUGCCAACCCUCCCAACCAAGUGAUCCAAGCAGAGUAUCCAGACUACUACUUCCGCAUCACCAACAGUGAACACAUGACCGACCUCAAGGAGAAGUUCAAGCGCAUGUGCGACAAAUCAAUGAUAAGGAAACGUUACAUGCACUUGACUGAAGAGUUUCUCAAGGACAACCCCAACAUAUGCGCCUUCAUGGCUCCUUCCUUGGACGUUAGGCAGGACAUUUUGGUGACCGAGGUCCCUAAGCUAGGCAAAGAGGCUGCAGUUAAUGCUAUCAAGGAGUGGGGCCAGCCCAAGUCCAAGAUCACUCAUCUUGUCUUCUGCACCACCUCUGGUGUGGACAUGCCUGGUGCUGACUACCAGCUCAUCAAGCUCCUCGGCCUCUCUCCUUUUGUUAAGCGUGUCAUGAUGUACCAUCAAGGUUGCUACGCUGGUGGGACUGUCCUCCGUUUGGCCAAGGACAUAGCUGAGAACAACCGCGGCGCUAGAGUACUUAUUGUUUGCUCUGAGAUUACUGUUGUUACCUUCCGUGGGCCCUCUGAGACCCACCUAGACUCCCUUGUUGGACAGUCUCUCUUCGGUGACGGUGCGGCUGCACUGAUCGUUGGUUCAGACCCUGAUACCUCUGCGGGAGAGAAACCAAUCUUUGAGAUGGUCUCUGCUGCACAGACCAUCCUUCCUGACUCUAAAGGAGCCAUAGAAGGACAUCUGAAGGAGGUGGGACUCACCUUCCAUCUCUUGAAGACUGUCCCCGGUCUCAUCUCAAAGAACAUUGAGAAGUGUCUACAGGAAGCGUUUAAACCGCUUGGGAUAAGUGACUGGAACUCUCUCUUCUGGAUAGCUCACCCUGGUGGCCCUGCCAUCUUGGAUCACGUUGAGAUAAAGCUAGGACUAAAGGCAGCGAAGAUGAAGGCCACUCGUCAUGUCCUGAGCGAGUAUGGAAACAUGUCUAGUGCCUGUGUCUUCUUCAUACUUGACGAGAUGAGGAGGAGGGCAGUAGAGGAUGGUGCAGAGACAACAGGAGAAGGGUUGGAGUGGGGUGUCUUGUUUGGUUUUGGACCUGGUCUCACUGUAGAGACAGUGGUCUUACACAGUGUUCCUCUCUGAACAGAACACUUUCUUCCUAUAUUACUGAGAUGAAUGAUUCUAUUAUAAUUUCUGUUUGCAAUUCAAUUACUUCUAUA